AUGGCUCCCUCCGACUCGAGGCGCGGCAGUGGCUCUCCCGAGCAUGCAUUCCCAACUCGAACAGAGAACACUAGCAGCGAUUAUAGUAGCCCGUCCUACACCAAUUAUCGGAACAGCCAGGGGUAUGUGCCAAUGGCGGCAUACUCUCGCAUGCGUCCACAUCCCGCCCAUACUCCCUAUCCCGGAGUCCGUCGCGCCAGCCAGCCAAUCGAUAUCCCUGGCGCUGGCGGUUUCACUCCCGCUACUCCCCGAUUGCAGCCUGUUUACGGCGGAGCUUCACCUGUGGACGCUCCGCAACUGACCUCCCAUCGAGCAGGUUCGAAUAAUCCAUCGACUCCUCUCGUCCAGGUACCACCUCGGGCCAAUGUGGCUUCUCGACCUCCAUCUGGUGAUCAUGGGGAUAUGUUCUCUAUGGACCCACACCCAGAUGAAGGCGUAGGAGGAAAGCAUCAUAUGCCCACGUUCGGGGGGCGACCCGCACCAGGAGCAUUCGCGAUUUAUGAUCCGGUGACUGGAGAGAGCAAUGACGCGGGUCCUUUCCGACAACGGGGGCCGGUAUAUCGAGAUGGAACGCCUAUUUUCCCCCGCGACCAUUAUAUGGUGCCAAAGAGUGAUCAUAGAGGCGAGGGUCCGCAGGGUCAAGCUGGAGCUCACGCUAGAGUGACGGAUGGUAGACAGUGUUGUGGCGGAAAGGACAAUAGGAAAGGGUGGCGAGGUCCUUCGACUUAUUGA